CGUCUUUUCAUGGUCUUUUUGUUGCUGCUCUCCAAAUUUUGGUUUGCUUGGAAAGAAAAUUACUGUUCUAAAUAUUUUGCAUUUAAAGUACUAUAUACCUAAUUGAAUUUAUCAUAAUAGGUGACAUUCCACAGUCUGUGUUGAAACUUUAAACAAUGAAUUCUACAAUUUGAUUAAAUACAACGUAACAUACCGUAACAUAACCUAUGUUAUGUUAAAUAGAAUUUUACCAAGAACGUGUAGUUUACUUAAUUCUGCAUCAUAUAAUUUUCGUCAUUACUGUUUGUCAAGUAUUUUAAAGAUGAAGAUUGGGACUCACGACGGAGUAUUCCACUGCGAUGAAGUUCUAGCUUGCUUUAUGCUAAAGAAUCUUCCUCAAUACAAAGAUGCUGAGAUCAUCCGCACAAGAGAUCUAAAUAAGCUGAAUGACUGUGAUAUAGUUGUUGAUGUAGGAAGUGUUUUUGACCAUGAAAAGAAGCGUUAUGAUCAUCACCAAGCCGGUUUUAAUGAGACCUUGAGUACCUUGAGGCCUGAACUCGGAGACAGCUAUAAAAUUAAACUUAGUUCAGCAGGCCUUGUGUAUGCUUACUAUGGAGAGGACAUCAUCCAGCAACUCAAAGAAGAGUCUACCUCCUUGACAAAUGAAGACUUGAAGUUAAUUUACAAGAAAGUUUAUGAAUCUUUCAUUCAAGAGAUUGAUGCUAUUGAUAACGGAAUUCCAAUGACAGAGGAACAACCGAAAUAUGACAUUCAUACUCACUUAAGUAACAGAGUGAAAAGACUGAACCCAGAAUGGAAUUCAACUCAGGAAACCAAUGUAGAUGAAUUCUUCAAUAAAGCAAUGGCUUUAGUUAGUGAAGAUUUCCUAUAUUUUACAAGAUACUACAUAAACACUUGGUUUCCAGCCCGAAAUUUGGUCAGGAAAGCUAUUGAUAAUCGUUUUGAAAUACACAAGUCAGGAGAGAUUGUGGUAUUCAAUGAAAGGUUUCCUUGGAAAUAUCAUUUGUUUGAUUUGGAACAAGAAUUGGGGAUUGAGCCGCAAAUCAAAUAUGUGCUAUUCAAUGAUAAACCAAAAUCUUGGAGAGUUCAAGCUGUUCCAAUUGAUCCUAUGAGUUUUGUUCUUAGGAAAGCAUUACAUAAUGCAUGGCGUGGAAUCCGUGACGAUAAUCUCAGUUCAGUCUCUGGGAUUGAAGGAUGUAUUUUCUGCCACAGCAAUGGUUUUAUUGGUGGUAAUACCACAUUGGAGGGAGCUUUGAAAAUGGCCAUUGCCAGCCUAGAAGCCAACGAAUGAAAUAAAACUUUGGUUAGUUA